AUGGCAUCCCAAUUUCCACUUCAAAAUUUCACAGAUUUUGGGUUAAUCGAUUUCUUGGAUGAAGCCAAUUUUGAUCAAUUUAUUGAACUUGUAAGGGGUGAAAAUGAAGACCCUAUUGUUAAUUUCAGCCAAAACUAUGAUUAUGAUCUACACAUUGCUGGCUGUUUGGCUGAGAAUCAAUUCGUACCAGCCCCGGUGGAGUUGUUCGAUUUUGACAUUGCUACUAACCCUAAUUUGGAUUGUGUGGUUGAUUCGUUCCCCCAGGACACGAAGGCAGUGGAAGAAGAAAAUGACGAGGAGGAAUCAUCCGCAACCACCACCAAGUCAACCAAGAGGAACAAAAAAAUUGAUAGAUCGAGAACUUUGAUUUCAGAACGAAGAAGGAGAGGUCGAAUGAAGGAAAAGCUCUAUGCAUUGCGUUCCUUGGUUCCUAACAUCACCAAUAUGGAUAAAGCUUCAAUAGUUGGAGAUGCCGUAGUGUAUUUGCAAGAGUUGCAAAUGCAAGCCAAGAAGCUAAAAGCUGAGAUGGAUGUAAUUCAAGUUGAGGAAAGAGGGUUUUAUGUGAGAUUAGACUGCAACAAAGGUCAAGGUGUUGCAGUGUCCCUCUUCAAGGCCCUUGAAUCCCUUAUAAGCUUCAAUGUUCAAAGCUCCAAUAUAGCUACGUCUGCUGAUAAUUUUGUCAUGACAUUCACUUUGCAUGUAAGAGACAGCGAGGUGGACAUGAACUUGCCAAAUUUGAAGCUGUGGAUUGCUAGUGCUUUUCUUAAUCAGGGAUUUGAUUUUGGAACUUCACUCUCUGCCGUGCUGCCGAACAUCACCUUGAGAUCGAAGCGACGCGGCGGAGCUCGAACUGCUGUGAUGGAAUGGACUGCAGCAGCUGGGCUUUGCAUAGCGGCGGAGCUCGAACUGCCGCGAUGCCGCUGCAAAGACGUUACUGCAGCAGAGACAACAGCGGCGUCGCGAGGCUGCUGCAGUUCGCGGCAGCCUCGCAACGCCGCCGUUCAAUGCCGCUGCAUCCGACGUUUUGUGGUUUAUUUCUUCGCACAGAUCUGUGGAGUUGUGUGUGAUUUGUGA